AUGGUUCUAAAAAUAUAAGAUUUCUGUCAGAAAAAGACGUUGACUAGACUUCUAACAAUAAAUAACCCAUUAAAUCAGAAUAGAAUUAAGAUUAUAAUGACGGCUAUCUUGUAAUUAUACUAUUAAUUUGUCUCUUUUUGCUCAUCUGUGUUUGUGGAACAAUCAUAGAAGUUAGCAGAAGAAAGAAAGUUAAAAAAGAAAUUAAAUAGAAAUUAUUAUAAGAAACACCUCAUUCACUAUAAUCCAACAUCAAAAUACUAAAUAGUAUCUAAGUUUAGUUUUAAUAUUCUUUAUGGAAGUUAACCAGCUUCAAUUUUAAGAAUUAAUCUACUCAAAAAAUACUAAGAUUCUAGCCAAUUUUUAUAUCUCAUAAUAAACUUGAGCUUUAAAUUAAAUUGGAAUAAGAUCAUUAUCCUUGGUCAGCUGAANUUAGCAUUAUUUAGUGCUACUUUCCCAUAAGAAAUUAUUGAAUUAAGUAAAUAGUUUUUGAGAGAAGGAACAGCUAAGAUUUUGGUUAAAAAAGAAUAAUUGACAUUAGAGGGUAUUAGAUAAUUCUACAUUGCAAUCCAACAAGAAGAUCAAAAAUUCAAAGUUUUGGUUGAAUUGUAUAAAAAUUUAACAGUUUCUUAAUCAAUAUUAUUUUGCAAUUCCAAAAAAACCGUUGAUGAUUUGUAUGAUAAAUUGACUACUGAAGGUUUUACUGUAAGUAAAAUACAUAGUCAAAUGGAAUAAAAAGAAAGAGAAUAAGUAAAUUAAUUGUAUAUAAAUUAGGUUAUGCAAGAAUUCAAAAAAGGUGCUGCCAGAAUACUUGUUUCAACAGAUCUUAUGGGUAGAGGAAUUGAUGUACAAUAAUUAUCAUUAGUCAUCAAUUAUGAAUUCCCAAGAUUAAAGGAACAAUAUAUCCAUAGGUAAUAAUAUUGAAAUCUAUUAUUUUAGAGUUGGAAGAGCUGGUAGAUAUGGUAGAAAGGGAGUUGCCAUUAAUAUGGUAGCACAAUAAGAAGCUAAUCUCUUGUUAGAAGUUGAAAAAUAUUACAACACUAAAAUUGAUGAAAUGCCCAAAGACUUAGCAGAAGUAGAAAAAGAAUUAAGUUGAA